GGGGCCAGGGCGGAGGGGCGGGAGCCGCGCCCGCCCCAGCCCGGGCCGCCCCAGAAGGCCACCAAGCCCAAGAAAGCUCCCAAGAGAGACAAGCUGGCUCUGGAGCCGCCGCCGCCAGGUAAAAAUAGCAACAGAAAAGGCGUGAGAACCAAGAGCUCUGAGAAGGCUGCCAGUGAUGAUCACAGCAUCCCCGUGACCCGUGGUGAUGUCAGACAGGGUUGCCCGCCUCUUGGUCUGGAAACCUUAAAAAUCACAGACUUCCAGCUCCACGCGUCCACGGUGAAACGCUACGGCCUGGGGGCGCAUCGAGGGCGGCUCAACAUCCAGGCGGGCAUCAAUGAAAAUGACUUUUACGACGGGGCGUGGUGUGCGGGGAGGAACGACCUCCACCAGUGGAUUGAAGUGGAUGCCAGACGCCUGACCCGGUUCACGGGCGUCAUCACUCAAGGAAGGAACUCGCUCUGGCUGAGUGAUUGGGUGACCUCCUAUAAGGUCAUGGUGAGCAAUGACAGCCAUACGUGGGUCACUAUUAAGAACGGAUCUGGAGACAUGAUCUUCGAAGGAAACAGUGAAAAGGAGAUCCCGGUUCUCAACGAGCUGCCCGUCCCCACGGUGGCCCGCUACAUCCGCGUCAACCCGCAGUCCUGGUUCGACAGCGGGAGCAUCUGCAUGAGGCUGGAGAUCCUCGGAUGCCCGUUGCCAGAUCCAAAUAACUAUUAUCACCGACGAAACGAGAUGACCACUACCGACAACCUGGACUUUAAGCACCACAGCUACAAGGAAAUGCGCCAGCUGAUGAAGGUUGUGAAUGGAAUGUGCCCCAACAUCACCAGAAUUUACAACAUCGGCAAGAGCCACCAGGGCCUGAAGCUGUACGCUGUGGAGAUCUCCGACCACCCCGGGGAGCACGAAGUUGGUGAGCCGGAGUUCCACUACGUUGCCGGUGCCCACGGCAACGAGGUGCUGGGCCGGGAACUGGUGCUUCUGCUCAUGCAGUUCCUAUGCCAGGAGUACCUGGCCCGGAACGCACGCAUCGUCCGCCUGGUGGAGGAGACGCGGAUUCACAUCCUCCCCUCCCUCAACCCCGACGGCUACGAGAAGGCCUUCGAAGGGGGCUCGGAGCUGGGAGGCUGGUCCCUGGGACGCUGGACCCACGAUGGGAUCGACAUCAACAACAACUUCCCCGACCUAAACACGCUGCUCUGGGAGGCGGAGGACCGGCAGAACAUCCCAAGGAAGGUUCCCAACCACCACAUCGCCAUCCCGGAGUGGUUUCUGUCUGAAAAUGCCACGGUGGCGGUGGAGACCAGGGCCGUCAUAGCCUGGAUGGAAAAAAUCCCGUUUGUGCUGGGCGGCAACCUGCAGGGGGGUGAGCUGGUGGUGGCGUACCCCUACGACAUGGUGAGGUCCCUGUGGAAGACGCAGGAGCGCACGCCCACCCCGGACGACCACGUGUUCCGCUGGCUGGCCUACUCCUACGCCUCCACGCACCGCCUGAUGACAGAUGCCAGGAGGAGGGUGUGCCACACGGAAGACUUCCAAAAGGAAGACGGGACCGUCAACGGGGCUUCCUGGCACACCGUGGCUGGAAGUCUCAACGAUUUCAGCUACCUUCACACAAACUGCUUCGAGCUGUCCAUCUACGUGGGCUGUGACAAAUACCCUCACGAGAGCGAGCUGCCCGAGGAAUGGGAGAAUAAUCGGGAGUCUUUAAUCGUGUUCAUGGAACAGGUCCAUCGUGGCAUCAAAGGCAUCGUGAAGGAUUUACAUGGAAAAGGAAUUCCCGGUGCCGUGAUCGCCGUAGAAGGUGUCAGCCACGACAUCCGAACAGCCAGCGAUGGGGAUUACUGGCGCCUCCUGAACCCUGGGGAGUAUGUGGUCACAGCCAAGGCGGAAGGUUUCACCUCGUCCACCAAGACCUGCAUGGUCGGCUACGACAUGGGGGCCACGCAGUGCGACUUCACACUCGGCAAAACCAACCUGGCCAGGAUCAGAGAGAUCAUGGAGAGGUUCGGGAAGCAGCCCGUCAGCCUGCCAGCCAGGCGGCCGAAGCUGCGGGGGCGGAAGAGGAGACAGCGUGGGUGACCGCCCGACACUGGAGACCCAUCCCAGACCCCUGCAAGUUAAACCACUCCCAUCAUAGCUCCAUAGAGGACUCACUCCUUGUUGUUUGCUCUGUAAUUCAGGAGGCCUGGGAGGAUGUGGGGGCCGCGAGGCGGGUCCCGAGGGGAGGGCUGCAGGCUUAGGGUAUUUUCUUUUGUUCCCACGGAGCCAAGUAACUUGGGCAGAGCGGCAGAGAAAGGCUGGUGGGGAGGAGGGAACUCAGCAAGUCAGUAGAAUCGGAGGUGGGCCUUGCCUGCUCAGGGCCUGCAGGCUACACGCGGUGCUUCCCCUGCUCGCCUGACAGCAAGAGUUCCCCGUGGGUUUGCCACGUGCACGGCUGGACUGCAGCAUUCCCGGGGCCCUGCUGUUCCAAAUGUCACGAUUCAAGAUGCUCCCGGGCGUUCGAAGAGGAUCCACCCUCUCUGGCCCCAGACAUCUCAAGCUGCUUCAGAUAAAUUCUGUGACAAUAGAGAUGUCACCAAGUGAGCGUCAGUCAGCCUCUUGAGUCAGUUUCGUUUCCCUUUCAACAAAGGCUCCGUGCUCAUGAAAGGGGAGAAAGUCUGGAAUAAUUUAAGCGCUCCCUGGGCAGCUAGGCCUGCACGGGGGCUGGUUGCAUGUAUACCGGGUUUACCGCAAACCUCCCUCCGCCAGAUUUCCUGCGGUCUAAGCCGGGGACAGCGGGAGGCGCCAGCCUUCCCAAGGAACCCCACCAUUCAGCCCGGCUCCUCUGUGAGCCGCAAGGACUUGAAGAGAGCCUGAAGGAGGCUGACCCGCAGCCCUCGCUCUGCUCCAGACGCCCUCCCUGCACGGACGCGAGACUCCUCAACCAGCCUGACAUCGCCGAGCGAGUCGUUUUUGACGUGUGGAAUGCCAGACCUUCCGGAUUACACUGCGUUUGCUGAAAAGCUCUUAGAAUCAUCUGCGGAACGUCCGUCUGUUCAGGAGGGGUUAUUGAAUUAUCGUACCAGAAAACAAAUUUCUCUCACCUUUUAUUAAUGUUGCUGCCUCACUGACCUGGGAAGAAUAAGGAAAAUAAAGAAAGCAAACGGUGA